GUAGCCCCAUCACCCACUGUGCUCUCGUUGCAGAAACAACCCUGAGAAAUCUAUCUCUACCAAGCAAGGACAGCCCUAUCGGGCCCACCAGUAACUCAAUAUGCACACGUUCACCCAUCUCAUCCUGAUCAUCCUCACGGCCACGGCUCUCCUCACCGGAGUCACCAGCCAUCCCUCCCCCCCGAUCGAUCCGCUAAACCAACACCAACAACCAGUCGUCCCCGACCUCGACUCCGCAUCCGAAGUGCACAGCACCAGCCUCGGCAUCCACUACGGCAACUGCUACACCAUCAAAGACCGCCACGGAAGCAGCCUCGGCUCGGACGGCGGAGUCUACAGCUACUACAAAUUUGGAAGCUCCCCGCGCACCUUUCAGAUCUGGAACACGCGAGCCUUUCCCACCCACGACAUCGACGAGACCUCGCCCGUCCCGGACGGAGGGAAAUUCUACCUCUGGGAUCCGAAAGGCAGCGCACAGACCAACGGCGGGAGUUGGGUGGCGACCAAUCUCGGCGGAUACAUGUAUCCCGGGUAUGGGGGGUAUUGGUAUUAUGUGCAUUUCAAGGGAUAUGAGCAGGGGUCGAGUCGGGAGGGACACGCGGUCAAGUUGGGGAUUGCGCGGGUGGAGCCGCCGAGUCCGAUGGCGAAUUAUAAGGGGUUGAAGGUGUCGGGGGAUUAUAUCUGGAAUCAGGAUAAUGAGGAUACCAUUGACGUGUUGUUUCGGCGGGUGAGUUGUGAUGCGUAUGAGGAGGAUGAUGAUGAUGAUUAUGGGAUGUAGGUCGCUGGGCUGUUGCUAUGGUUGACACGCACGCUGUGAGGAGCGAGGCAUGGGAUGCUGUGCAGGAGGCCUGGGUAAUACUUCAUCUAGGUGAGCUCUUGGCAGAUGUUCUGGCAGUGCCAAAAGUGAUAUUAUAGUUCAUGCGUGGACCCUGUAAAAGUGCAUCUAUGAGAAGACCAUUUAGCGGCCAGAUGAGCGGGAAAUCGCAAGUAGCAGCACAAUGGCUCAUUAGAUAGCAGUAGCAGUGUACAUGGAUCCCCCGAAAGUGAAAAUCAUGUGCCAAUCUUGAUCCAGCCAAGUCAGUCAUACAGUUAUUAGCAACAUUACUUUUAUUUUCCUGAUCGUCAUCAUGCUCCACACCCUCGUUCUCAAUCAUCGUCGUCAUCUUAGUCGUCAUCAUCAGUGAC